GAUCACAACAUGAGGAUGCACCGAGCAUGAUUUUUAGCCGGACUUCCUCUUCUUUCAGCGCAAUCAAGGCACUGCUAGAGGAAACUCAAGGACCUACCGGCGUAAGGGCCGCUAGCAGGAACGGUCCCUGAGUCAACUUGUGCAGGACCAAGAAUUUGUUGAUAAAGCCCCGUUCGCUUCCUCCCUCUUUUCCGACGACGACCUCUCCUCCUCCCCUUUCCCCUUCUUCGUCUCCCUCUCUCUCGCAACAAGAUGAGUGCCGCUUCGCCUACAAAGGAGUCUAUCGAGGAGGCUUCGGUUGGAGUCGACCAUGAGCUUGCUUCGCCAACAAAACCGCUCCAGAGGCCACACUGGUUCCGGAGCACCUUUUUCAACAUCACCAUCCUGGGCUUUUGCUCCUUCCUGGCUCCGGGCAUCUGGGGCGCCAUGUCGGCCACGGGCGGUGGAGGCCAGCAGUCGGUCUCGCUCGUCAAUGCGGCCAACAGCAGCACCUUCUGCCUCAUGGUCGUCACGGGUCUUUUGACGCCCACUCUCAUCCGGCUCACCAACGUCCGUAUCGCGCUGUCUCUGGGAGGUGUUGGAUACAGCGUUUACGCCGCUGGUCUCUACCUUCAUGGAAAGAAUGGCACCGAGUGGCUCGUUGUCUUUGGGGCUGUCUGCUGUGGUAUCUCGGCAGGAACGUUCUGGGCCACUGAGGGGUCCAUCGCCUUGGCCUACCCAGAGAGAGCAAAGCAAGGCUUCUACCUCUCCUACUGGCUCAUGUACCGCGUCAUGGGCCAGUUCUUGGGCGGCGCCAUUAAUCUCGGCCUGAAUGCGAACAACGAUCAGGCAGGAAGUCUGAGCAGCAACACCUACAUUGUCUUCAUUGUCCUCCAGUGCCUUGGUCCAUUCGUGGCGCUCCUCAUCAGCCUACCGGAGCAAGUCCAGCGCAAGGAUGGCACCCCGGUGCUGCUCCAACUGCAGCCAACCGCGUGGCAAGAGAUCAAGUCGAUGGCAAAGAUCAUUGUCACACCCAACGUCCUCCUCUUGCUGCCUCUCAUCUGGCAGGGCACAUUCUCAGAGGCUCUGAUUGGGACGUACGCCGCCAGCCACUUCACCGUCCGCUCGCGGGCGCUGGGCUCCUUCCUUUCGGCCAUCGUGGCCGCCCUCUGCAACUACAUCCAGGGCUUCUUCCUCGACAACCAGCGCACGACGAUCAAUGCGCGCGGAAAGGGCCUCUUCCUGACCAUCUAUGGCAUGCAGAUUGGCUGGUGGAUCUUUGCCAUCAUCAUUAUGAAUCGGUACGAGCACACGAAGCCGACGUUGGACUGGGGGCAAUCGGAGUGGAACACGGGCUUUGCACUUUACAUCAUGCUGCAGAUUGGCUUCAAUCUCAUGUACGAAUACACCUACUGGAUCGUGGGCUCGUCGAACCAGAAGUCAUCGGAAAUUGUCCGACUGGCUUCGAUCAUCCGCUCCGUUGAAAGUGCCGGUCAGGCUGUCUCGUACGGCAUCAACAGCACCACACUCCGUCUCGACGCCGUGGCAGGUAUCAACUUCGGCCUGCUAGCCAUCGCCCUGCCUCCUGCCUGGCUCGUUGUGCGCAAGGUGGGCAUCCUCGAGGACGGCACCAAGCUCGUCAAGUUCCCUAUCUAUGCCGAGGACGACGAGCAGAGGGAGGAACUUGCAAAAUCCGGUGUCGUGGAUGCUACCGAUGCAAAAGGCGCCACAGCCGCGAACCAGUAAAAAGAGUCUAUUGCAUAGAAGAUGACAAUCGUGUAACCUAGACGAUGACGAUUUAGAUGUGAAUGACGAAGCGACGAUAUCGAAGCGCAG